GGGACCAAUAUAUAAACUCCUUCCAUUCCUCUAAAAAUCCCCAAUUAGCUCUUGCUCGAACAUCUCCAGCUACUCUCGCAUCGCAUUUCUCUAAUUGCCCUUUUGUAUACAGCGAUUUUCGUUUUAUUUUGUUUUUGUUUAUCGAUUUUUUGCUAUUAUAUUUUGAUUUGAAUUUUGCAGGUUAUGGGUUAUCAUAGUACAUAAUAUUUUGGAAUUUACUUAACUAUUUAUUGCAGGAUUUUGAGUAGUUUAUUGCUUUUUGUUUCUCUGUUGUUAUAUAUAUAUCUGGUUUUUUGGGAUACUUGAUAUUAUGGAUGCAGGAUCAUUGAAUUCUUUUUCAAACGUGAACGGUCAAUCUAAAUGGCCACUUCAAGAACAGCUUCUCCUCAGAAGAAAUAAUACUAAAGAAAAUAUGGAUAGUUUCAUACCGAACCGUUCAGCAAUGGACUUUGAUUAUGCUCAUUACAUGCUGACCGAAGGUAGGAAGACCAAAGAGGAUCAAACACCUUGCUCAUCACCCGCCAAGGAGGCCUACAGGAAGUUGCUGGCCGAGACCUUGAACAUGAACCGGACCCGAAUCUUGGCUUUCAAGAACAAGCCACCGACGCCGGUCGAACACUUCCCUUCUGGUAACUCGAUCGCUUCGGCUCAUCCUGCCAAAUCCGCAAAGCUUAGAAGACACAUUCCCCAGAGCUCCGAGAGAACGUUGGAUGCACCAGAUCUUGUCGAUGAUUUUUACCUCAACUUAUUGGAUUGGGGUAGCGGCAAUGUUCUUGCAAUAGCACUUGCUAACACUGUGUAUUUGUGGGAUGCUUCAGAUAGUUCUACCUCAGAACUUGUCACUGUUGAUGAUGAAAACGGUCCAAUAACAAGUGUGAGUUGGGCUCCUGAUGGUCGGCAUAUCGCCAUCGGCUUGAACAAUUCUGAAGUACAACUAUGGGAUUCGACUUCUAAUAGACAGCUUCGUACCAUGAGAGGUUGUCACAGGUCAAGAGUGGGUUCGAUGGCAUGGAACAGUCACAUUCUCACAACAGGAGGAAUGGAUGGUCAGAUUGUUAACAAUGAUGUGAGAAUCAGAUCCCAUGUUGUCGAAACCUAUAGAGGACACCAGCAAGAGGUUUGUGGUCUGAAAUGGUCGGCUUCCGGACAACAACUAGCGAGCGGAGGCAAUGAUAAUCUUGUACACAUAUGGGAUAGGUCCAUGGCAUCAUCAAAUUCACCAACACAAUGGCUACACAGAUUAGAGGACCAUACCUCAGCCGUCAAGGCCCUUGCCUGGUGCUCUUUCCAGAGCAAUUUGCUGGCCACCGGUGGAGGCGGCGGCGAUCGAACCAUAAAGUUUUGGAACACGCAUACGGGCGCAUGCUUGAAUUCGGUCGAUACGGGCUCUCAGGUGUGCUCUUUGCUGUGGAGUAAGAACGAGAGGGAGCUUUUGAGUUCUCAUGGUUUUACUCAGAAUCAAUUAACACUUUGGAAGUAUCCAUCGAUGGUGAAGAUGACGGAGCUAACUGGUCAUACGUCAAGAGUACUUUACAUGGCUCAAAGCCCCGAUGGCUGCACAGUGGCAUCGGCUGCAGGGGAUGAGACACUGAGAUUUUGGAAUGUUUUUGGGGCACCAGAAGUGGCUAAAGCUGCUCCAAAAGCCAACAAUGAACCAUUCUCUCAGUUGAAUCGUAUCCGGUGAUAAAAGGAAAAGAGAGAUAACACUGGGAUGGAUUCUUUGAUUUUGUAAACUUU